GAAACCGAGACUAAUUAGUACUACUACUUUUCAAUUUUAGGUUUUCUAUUUUUUCAUUUUAUCAUCUCUUAUUAUUCAUUUUUCCGUAUAUUCAUCGGCAAACCUAAUUUUGCCAUAGAAACAUGUAAAAUCAUUUUCAAUUACAAUCAGGAAAGCUAUAUACGUUUUGAUAAUUUCACCUCAUAAAGGUAUACACUCUCCUGGCAAUGCAAUUCUGGUUCUUUCAGAUCUUUCCCUCGAGAGAGGAAACCCUAAAAAGUCUUGUUCAAAUUUUCUCUAUAAAUUCUUUCAGAAAUGUCUUCCCAAUCACAUACUCCUAGUACUAAAGGACUUCUUUGUAAUGCUGGUGCUGGCGCUGCUGCUGGAGUUAUUGCUGCAACGUUUGUUUGCCCAUUAGAUGUAAUUAAAACUAGGUUUCAAGUUCAUGGAUUGCCCAAGCUUCCUAAAGGGCGUCUCAUUGUUGGGAGUUUGGAACAGAUAUUUCAAAAAGAGGGGAUACGUGGCAUGUACCGUGGGCUUUCACCAACUGUUUUAGCGUUACUUCCAAAUUGGGCAGUUUAUUUUACGAUGUAUGAGCAGUUCAAAAGUGUUCUUCAUUCCGAUGACGGGACCCAUCAACUCUCAGUAAGUGCUAACAUGAUGGCAGCUGCUGGUGCUGGAGCUGCUACGACGAUAGUCACAAAUCCUCUCUGGGUUGUCAAGACAAGAUUACAAGUACAUAUGACUCAAGGAAUGCGGAGUGGAAUAGUGCCAUAUAGGAAUACAUUGUCUGCAUUGAGGAGAAUAGCCCUCGAAGAGGGUAUUCGUGGAUUAUACAGUGGUCUUGUCCCUGCAUUAGUUGGAAUUACUCAUGUUGCUAUUCAGUUCCCAAUGUACGAAAAGAUCAAAUUCCACCUUGCUGAACGAGAUAAUACUUCCCCUGUUACACUGUCUGCAAGUAAUGUUGCUGUUGCCUCGUCAGUUGCGAAAAUAUCAGCUUCAACAUUGACAUAUCCACACGAGAUAAUGAUUUUCCACGGCCAUGUCUUCUUCAAAAGUUGCCGAGUUCUCAUUAUCAAGUCAAAGCUUUUAUUUCCAUCAACGGUCGAUAUGCGUAACUUGUAGUUUGAUCACAUCAGGCUGUCCUUUUUUUUCCCCAUAAUUCCCUUUCAUUUACAGGUCGUUCGUUCGAGGUUGCAAGAACAAGGAUACCAUUCAGUGAAGCGCUAUUCUGGAAUGAUUGACUGUAUCAAACAAAUAUAUCACAAAGAGGGUCUUCCUGGUUUCUACCGUGGGUGUGGCACCAAUCUACUAAGGACCACCCCAGCUGCCAUAAUAACAUUCACCAGUUUCGAGAUGAUUCAUCGAUUUCUCAUGACAUUGUCAUCACCACAGGCUCAUACAUCUUGAUGGAUGAUUUACAUUGUUUCCGUCUCUCACUAGAAAAUCCCUGACAAGAACUGUUAAAUUCUUGGUGGUGAGGUGCAAUGUCUGUAACGUAAUGCACAUACAUCAGAAGGCAAGGUAUUUAAGCUAGCCUUGUUUCCCAUUGAUGACUGAGAAAUCCAACACUUGGAUUUGUAUAUCUCAAUUUUUAUGUCACCCUUAAAAUACCAAUUCUUAUAUGGUUGUAGAAUGUUUCUUUCAGUGAAUAUGUUCAGUCAUCAUUCAACGAUAUAAGCAUCGAGGAUAGAUUAGAAAUGGUACAUCUUCUAUCUGUAGUUUACAAUGAGAAAAGAACUUGUAUUGUUACUCUAGAACGUCGAUAACAUUGUUAUCGUCCUAAUAAAUCAUCAAGAUAUAUACAUUCUUUUAUCAUA